ACUUCACCGUCAUUCCGUGCGUGGUGGACACGCGAUGUUGUCUUUCCUCGGACAGUGACUGUGUCACUCCUUGUCUGUGAUGGCCAUUUAUCAGUCAUAACAUUCUCCUGUUUGUCAUGGAGAAUAAUGGACCAAAGCGUGAAUUCCUGAAGCUCUUGAACGACAGUAGUGACUCGGGAUCUGAAGUCCCGCAUUAUGUGGUUCCCUUUCCAAGAAUACAGACAGCCGUACCGCCUGGUAGACGGAAGAUCUUCCGAAAAAGGCGACGUCGUUCAAGUGCCAGCUUCUCUGGUGAUAUCCCCCGCAGUGAAAAGUAUGCUCGGACUUGCCACUGCUCUGCCCAAUUGUGGGCAUGGCUCAUUCUCUUUACCUGCUCACUGUCUGCUUUCCUCACACUCCUCUGGCUCCUAAACAGCAUGCACACUGAGUUGUCAAAUAUCACCUUGCGCUUGCAAGAGGUGGAGCUACAGAGCAAUUCCAUACCAGAGGAGCUACAUUCUUACCAAAGUCGUUUUGGGCUCAUCGAAAAGAAUGUAACUGAAUUCAGGAGCCAAUUGUCAUCAUUCUCAACGACAAUGCAGCAGUUGACUAGUCAGAUUCAGGAAAUGCAGGGAGGAGUCAAGAAGCUGGAGUCAAAUUUGGAUGCUGGUCCACAGCUUUUAUCCUUGCCUAAAGACAUGGCAGUACUUCAGCAGAGUGUGGCUGACUUUGGAAGUCAGUUAGCUGAUAUUGAUUCAAGAGUAAAAUCCCUGCGAGAAGAUUAUGAUAGUCUUGAAAACUCUGACAAUGAUCUCAUUCAUCGGAUUACCUCACUCGAGGGACAGGUGAAGAACAUGACAAACCGCCGAUUGUCAUCAUAUUCUAGUCAGGCUGAAAGCCGCUUCUCAGCCUUGGAGAAUGGAAUGAAUUCUCUGAAUGAGACUCUCAAUUGGGUGGUGGAAGAUUUACAUAAGCAGCUAGGUCAGAUUGAAGAGUUGAGACCGGUGACCAUAAGUAUUAAUUCAAUGCUGAGCUGUCUGGAGGUUGAGCUGAGAACUUGCUGCCCAAAUGUGUCCACAUGUUCAUCUCCUUCAGCACUAAAGGAUUUCAGUACAUCUAUGGAGAUUCCUCACAGACCGUGCCGAUGGCCACAUUUGACCGGUAGACUGAUGGCGCAUUUUGAACUCGUACCCAUUGACCGGUGCCGGAGCCGGAGCUGA